GUGUCUGGACUUGGUGCUGCGUGACGUCGCUGCCGGAGGGAGGGCUGCCAUCAUGGUGGCCUCGCACAACGAGGGCACCGUCAGGCACACGCUCAACAGGAUGCUGGAGUUGCAGGUGUCUCCGUCAGCAGGACGCGUUUACUUUGGGCAGCUGCUGGGGAUGUGUGACCACAUCAGCUUCGCCCUGGGUGAGGCUGGCUACCCCGUGUACAAGUACGUGCCCUACGGCCCGGUGCGUGAGGUGCUCCCUUACCUGUCGCGCCGCGCCCAAGAGAACCGCUCGGUGCUCCGCGGAGGAGGCGGAGCGGCGCUGGAGCGCUCGCUGGUGGCGAGGGAGCUACGCAGACGUCUCCUGGCUCCUCUCCUCAGUCUCGUGGGAGCGGGAGGUGGUGGUGAGGUGGUGAGGAGGCUAGGUGCAUGAGGAGGAGGUCACGGGGCAGACCCAGCAGGUGCCACGGGUCGACUGACCGAGAUGACCGAGACGACUGGCUGAUGCACCACCUGUGCCCCUGA